ACUUCGUCUCCGGCGAUGGGGAGCUGCCGCCGAAGCGGCGGGCGCCUGGAGCUACGGCUCCGGCUCGUGCACCGCCUUCUUGCUCUUGCGUCGUUGCUCCUGCUCGCGUCCGGGGAGGUCAUCUUCGAGGAGCGAUUCGAAGAUGGUUGGCAGACACGUUGGGUGGAAUCCGAUUGGAAACGGAGCGAAGGGAAAGCCGGCAAAUUCAAGCACACUGCAGGAAAAUAUUCAGGAGAUCCUGAUGACAAAGGAAUUCAAACAACACUGGAUGCUAGGCAUUUUGCUAUCUCAGCCAAGAUCCCCGAGUUCAGUAACAAGGGCCGAACAUUGGUGCUCCAGUACUCUAUAAAGUUUGAGCAGGACAUUGAGUGUGGCGGCGGCUAUAUUAAGCUAAUGUCUGGCUAUGUAAACCAGAAGAAAUAUAGUGGAGACACUCCGUACAGUUUGAUGUUUGGGCCAGAUAUAUGUGGGACUCAGACAAAGAAGCUGCAUCUUAUACUCUCUUACCAGGGGCAGAACUAUCCUGUCAAGAAAGAUCUACAAUGUGAAACUGACAGGUUGACGCAUGUUUACACAUUCAUUCUUCGGCCAGAUGCAUCUUAUAGUAUACUUGUUGAUAACCGUGAAAGAGAAUCUGGGAGCAUGUAUACUGAUUGGGACAUCUUACCUCCUCGUAAAAUUAAGGAAGUUAAUGCCAAAAAGCCUAAGGAUUGGGAUGACAGAGAGUACAUUGAGGAUCCUGAUCAAGUUAAACCAGAGGGCUAUGAUUCUAUUCCGAGAGAGAUUCCUGACCCAAAGGACAAAAAGCCUGACACAUGGGACGAUGAUGAUGAUGGCAUUUGGAAGCCUAGAAGGAUACCAAAUCCAGCAUACAAAGGACAAUGGAAGCGCAAGAAAAUUAAGAACCCUAACUACAAGGGUAAAUGGAAGAUCCCAUGGAUUGAUAAUCCAGAGUUUGAAGAUGAUCCAGAUUUAUACGUACUGAAACCUUUGAAGUAUAUUGGAAUUGAAGUUUGGCAGGUAAAAGCUGGUUCGGUUUUUGACAACAUUCUCAUUUGUGAUGACCCGGAGUAUGCAAAAAGAGCUGCUGAAGAAACGUGGGGUGCAAAUAAGGAGGCUGAAAAGGAGGCUUUUGAAGAAGCUGAAAAGGAGAGAAAAGCUAGAGAAGAUAAGGAAGCUCAACAGGCAAGGGAGGAAGGAGAGCGACGGAGGAGAGAGAGGGGUGAUCGCCACCGUGGCAGGGACCAUUACAAGGACAGAUACAAAAGACGCAACAGGGAUCACUGGGAUGACUACCAUGAUGAGCUUUGAAAGCUCCCCAAAACCUUCAGUUCUUCAAAUAAGAAGCUCUGAUUUGACAUGCACAUUGUGUUAGAAUUAUUACCGAUAUGUGAUCGCCAAACCUGAACAACCUGAAGUGUUUCUUGUCAUCUGUGGAGGAAACUGAUUUGAUUGAAUUGGCACGACCAUGCCACGAAGAUCAUUUACUAUGUGACAGCAGGACAGAGAAUUCCACAUAUCAACAGAAACUUGGCUUUGGACCUGAAUUGUAGCAUUUGUGCGUGUAAUGUACAUUGUUUCUGUCUGAGUUGCUACCAUAUGUAAACCCAAGACACUACCUUUGCUAAUACAAAUAAAGAAGAGUCAUAUUUACUGCAA